CAGUUCAAAGGAGGGGGAGGGGAGAAGCGCCAAGCGGCGAACCGCACCGACCAACCAAACUCUUCCAGAACCAUCCGUGCGUCACGCGGGGGCGGGCCUGGCGCCGGCCAAUCGGGCGCUGCGGCGCCAUCUUCGGAGCCAAUGGGAGAGUGGCGGAGGCGGGCGCGUCGUGGUCGUCGGGUUCGGCUGGUCGUAGCGCUGAGGAGAGCGGAGCGGAGGAGACUUAGAGGAGUUGGAGCUCGGCGCUUCCCCUCCCCCCUCCUCGCCCACCCGCCCCGGCCGCCCCCUCCCUCCCUCCCCGCUCGGUCUCCGUCCCGCCGGGGCGCUCUCGGGGCCGGGCCCAUGGCUCCUCAGAAGCACGGUGGAGGCGCGGGGCCCAGCUCGGGCUCCGCCGGCGGCGCGGCCGGAGGAGGAGGUGGAGGUGGCGGCGGCGGAGGAGGAGGAGGAGGAGGAGGAGGAGGAGGAGGUGGCGGCGGCGGCGGCAGCGGCAGCAGCAGCAGCGGAGGCGGAGGGUUCGUGGGCUCCGCCGCGGCGGCGGCCCCGGCCGGUAAAUCCGGUGGGGCGGCGGGAGGAGGCGGCGGCGGCGGCGGAGGAAGCGGUUACUCGGGCGGUUCCUCGGCCUCCUCGGCGGCGGCGGCGACGACGGCCGCGCUGCCCCCCGUGAAGAAGCCGAAGAUGGAGCAGAUCCAGGCCGACCACGAGCUCUUUCUUCAGGCCUUCGAGAAACCAACACAGAUAUACAGAUUUCUACGGACGCGGAAUCUCAUAGCACCAAUAUUUUUGCACAGAACUCUUACUUACAUGUCCCACAGAAACUCCCGAACAAAUAUCAAAAGGAAAACGUUCAAAGUAGAUGAUAUGUUAUCAAAAGUAGAGAAAAUGAAGGGAGAACAAGAAUCUCACAGCUUGUCUGCUCAUUUGCAACUUACGUUUACUGGUUUCUUCCAUAAAAAUGAUAAGCCAUCACAAAACUCAGAGAAUGAACAAAAUUCUGUAACCCUGGAAGUACUGCUUGUGAAAGUUUGCCACAAGAAACGAAAGGAUGUCAGUUGUCCAAUAAGACAGGUUCCUACAGGUAAAAAGCAGGUGCCUUUAAACCCAGACCUCAGUCAAAUCAAACCAGGCAACUUCCCAUCACUUGCAGUUUCCAGCAAUGAGUUUGAACCAAGCAACAGCCAUAUGGUGAAGUCUUACUCAUUGUUAUUCAGAGUAACUCGCCCAGGAAGAAGAGAUUUUAAUGGACUGAUUAAUGGCGAGACUAAUGAAAACAUUGAUGUCAAUGAGGAGCUUCCAGCUAGAAGAAAAAGGAAUUCUUCAAAUCGUGAAGAUGGAGAAAAGACAUUUGUAGCACAAAUGACUGUAUUUGAUAAAAACAGACGAUUGCAGCUUCUGGAUGGAGAAUAUGAAGUGGCCAUGCAGGAAAUGGAAGAGUGUCCCAUCAGUAAGAAAAGAGCAACAUGGGAAACAAUACUUGAUGGGAAGAGGUUGCCUCCAUUUGAAACAUUUUCUCAGGGACCUACACUUCAGUUUACUCUUCGUUGGACAGGAGACACAAAUGAUAAGUCUACAGCUCCUAUAGCCAAGCCUCUUGCAACACGAAAUUCUGAAAGCCUGCCUCAAGAGAACAAACCCAAUUCUGUUAAACCUACUCAGACUAUAGCUGUGAAAGAAUCCUUGCCAGCAGACCUUCAAACAAGAAAAGAGAGAGAUGUUUUAAAUGAACCUCGACAAAAGUUGCGAAUAUUUUACCAGUUCCUUUAUAACAACAACACAAGACAGCAGACUGAAGCCCGAGACGACUUGCAUUGCCCAUGGUGCACACUGAACUGCCGGAAACUGUAUAGUUUACUCAAACACCUUAAACUUUGUCACAGCAGAUUUAUCUUUAAUUAUGUUUAUCAUCCGAAAGGUGCUAGGAUAGAUGUGUCCAUCAACGAGUGCUACGACGGCUCGUAUGCAGGGAACCCACAGGACAUCCAUCGUCAGCCUGGGUUUGCCUUCAGUCGCAAUGGACCAGUCAAAAGAACUCCUAUCACACACAUACUCGUAUGCAGGCCAAAGCGUACGAAAGCAAGUAUGUCUGAAUUUCUGGAAUCUGAAGAUGGAGAAGUAGAACAGCAGCGAACGUACAGCAGUGGGCACAAUCGGUUGUAUUUCCACAGUGACACAUGUUUACCUCUCCGUCCACAAGAAAUGGAAGUAGAUAGUGAGGAUGAAAAGGACCCUGAAUGGCUACGAGAGAAAACCAUUACUCAAAUUGAAGAAUUCUCUGAUGUUAAUGAAGGAGAGAAAGAAGUGAUGAAAUUAUGGAAUCUUCAUGUUAUGAAGCACGGGUUUAUUGCUGACAAUCAAAUGAAUCAUGCCUGUAUGCUGUUUGUUGAAAAUUACGGACAGAAAAUAAUUAAGAAGAACUUGUGUCGAAACUUUAUGCUACACCUGGUCAGCAUGCAUGACUUUAACCUCAUCAGCAUAAUGUCAAUAGACAAAGCUGUUGCCAGGCUCCGAGAGAUGCAGCAGAAGUUAGAGAAAGGAGAAUCGACCUCCCCAAUGGAUGAGGAAUCUUCUGAGGAGCAGAGUGGGACAGCAAACGGAUACAGUGAAAAUAACAUGAGAGAGAGAAUUUCAGAAAUGGAUAGCAUCUCAGGUGUCACAAAACAGAGCAAGAAACAAAAGCUCUGAAGUCAGAAGUGAAAUUCCAUUCAACGGACAAGCAUUGAAGUGACAUUCUAGGGUGCAUGAGCUCUAUAAAGAAUUACACACACAAAAAUACAGAUUCCAAACAGGCACUGCUGGAUGGAAAUAAAUGAUUUCAACAAGGAUAUUGUUUUAACAGGGUUUCUAUUCAGUUACUUAUGCAAGUACUACAUGUAUAUCGGUUUUGGUGAUGUAAUGACAAUAUUCUAAGAGUUUGAGCAUGAAGAGCAAUAUGAAAAUCUUUUUGUAAUUUUAGUAAUUAGUGUCUUAAGAACUUUAUGGAAUUUACAUAAUUUAAAUAUAUGUAAAACAGUUUUUAUAUUAAGAUUUUUGCAUCUGUAUCUGGCUGUUUUUCCUACCAUGAAGUUGUGAAACGUUGGGGAAAGGGGUUUGGGAUACAGUUUCUGCUUCUCUUAUUUAGAAAUUCUCCAGUUAGCUUUUUGUGAAAAUAACGUCUCACUAUUUAAAGUUUAACCUUGAUCCUUGCAUUUGAAAUCAUUUAUGAAUUGAUGGUAAUGACAAAUUUAUGUUACACUAAAAUUUAGAAGUUGGCAAACUUAGCACUUCCUUUGUCGUGUGCCUGUUUGGAAAGAUGUUGGCUUUUCAUGUUGCAGACACAGUGAAGUUCCACCUUGGCUUUUUGAGGUUACCGGCAGUUUGGUUUUCAUGGAUAAUUCAGAUGUAUUGAUCACACAGUGUACCAUUUAAAACUUGAACAUUAGCUCCUUUUCUAGUUUUAGUAUGCAUUUACACAGCUACACAAACGAUUGGAUGCAGAGCUCUGUGGGGCUGUGCAUUGCAGUGUGCCAUGCUAACGCCCAGCCUGUGCUCCAUCUGUGGGCACGACGCCAAGGGCUUCCUCGGAAGUUCAUGCCUGCUGUUCUGCCCGAGCACAGACUGCAGGGCCAGGCCAAUGGUUUAGCUUUGGCUUUUGAGAUGCCACUCUUGAGGGAAAAAUGCACUGUAAAAUUGGACCAGAAAAUGUGUUGCACUUCUUAUGCAAGUAUUCUGUGAUGUAUUGUAUUCAAUACAGAUACUAAGAUGCUGACUAAACUAUAUUUGAGCAGUUUUGCACUGCUGUUAACACAUUUUAUGCAUACGUUUACAGAUUUUUUCCAAUGGAAAGUGGUUUCACUACUGGUACAGUAUCAGCACCGAAGGGUUUAUUCCAGCAAGCACUGUGGUUGAGUGACAUCACCUCAAUUUUUUAUUAUCCUUAAAAUAUUGCAUUUUUCAUAUUCUUUAUUUAUAAAGGAACAAUGCUGCUGUAAAUACAGGUAUUUUUAAUUUUUUAUUUCAUUCCAUCACCAUGAGAUGCAGUUCCCUAUUUGUUUAAGGGGUAUAUAAGCUUUCUAAUGGUGUCUUCAGAAAUUUAUAAAAUGUAAAUACUGAUUUUGAUGGUCCUUUAAGAUGUGUUUAACUGUGAGACUAUUUAACUAAUGGUGUGGAUGUGAUUUGUCAUCCAGUAUUAAGUUCUUAGUCACUGAUUUUGUGUACAAAAUAGGAAAGAGGGAAACUGCAGCUAUCAUUACAAACUUCUUGAAUUUGCCAGCACUCUGGGUUUUAGCGAGCUCUAAUUAUGCCUCUGGAUAAGUACAUCAAGCAUUUCUCUCUGGCUUUAAUUUGCUAAAGCUGUGCACAUAUGUAAAAAAAGAAUAGAUUAUUUUAGGGGAGAUGUAGUUUAGAAUUAUUGCUUAUGUCAUUUCUUAAGCAGUUAUGCUCUUAAUGCUUAAAAGAAGGCUAGCAUUGUUUGCACAAAAAGUUGGUGAUCCCCCAAAAAACAGUAAUGAAAUUACUUCUGUCCAGUAAACUUUGUAUGUCAUGUCAAUUUAUAAUAAAAGCUGAAAAAAUCCCUUUGUUUUCUAUUUAUAAAGAUGCCUUUUCUAUAUGUACCUUUGAGAGAUUUUGAAGAUACCGUGUAAGCUGGUUUAAACAAUUUGAAUGGUACAAUAGAUGUUUAAAAAAAAAAAAAGCAAAAACAAACCAAGUUCAGUUGUUUAAAUGAACCAUUGUUUUUACAUUAAAUGUUUUAUUUGAAAUCGGCUUUUGUACAUAAAGUUCAGUAAUAUAAAAUGUGCCACGAUGGUUGUCUGCUCCUUUUGUGUGCAUGCAGAAAGGCCCCAGCAGUGCCCUGUGACAUCUCUGCUUCUGCGUCCACCUUUAACUCAUCUUCCUGUGCUACGUCACGGCUGCUGAGUAUCUGCUGCUCUCUGUAUGUAAGGUGUCUCCAGAAAUUACUACAUUGCAGCUCUUGUGAGCACUUUAAUUGCACGUGUGAAGCUGUUGCUCAGUGUUUCUGUUAGAAAAAUAAGAGCAGUCGGGUUUUGUUUCUUUACGUGCAAGUAGUUGUUUCAAGCAGAUCUUGAUUUGCAGUGUAAUCAUUAGCAAUUUCAAACAGUCCAUCUCCUAUUGGAGAGGCUCUGUUCUGUCCAUGCUGUAGCAUUAAGCAGUGAGUUGCAGUUACUGCAGCAGCUGCUAAUAGCAGAUGCUAAAACCCUGUUUCUGUGUUAAAAGUGAAUGGGAUUUUCAGAUUCAGGCUGUCACUGCUGGAUUCUGUGAUGUCAGUUGUGCAGUCCUGAAACUUAUUCUAAUCAAGCCUUCGUUGUGCUGAUGGCAGAUUUCUGGUAUAUUUUUUGGUGCUUAUUUUAACACAGCUGGUCUCUGAACCCCACGUUGCAACCAAUCACUUUACUUUCAUAUUGAAUUCAGUGCAUUAGAUACUCUAGCCAAUAUUGUUAGGUGAAUGUAUACUGUGAAGCUUAAGCACUGUAAGCAUAGUUUCCAUAUCAGCCCUUGAAAAGCAGUGGGUUGUGAUGGAAGAGAUUUGCUUUCUGGGAUGAAGCAGUCACAAUUUGAGCUGUAUCGAUUACAACCUCAGAGAAUCACUUAAAACUAUUAACACAUAAGCUGCUCCAAAUCAGCAAUCUGAUGUUACCUCUGCCAAUGUAGGAGCUGAUCUGUGAGGACAAUUUGAUCUUGUUCAGUGUUCCAUUCACAGAGCGGUUUGGUGCCAUCACUGAGUGCUGGAAUGAAGGCGUUCCUGCUGGCCCAGCUCUCCUCGUAGAUCUGCUCUCCCAUGCCUGCACAGCCAGGAAAAGAGCUUUGGAUGAAGGUAAGCCCCUCCUUCCAAGACUGUGGUAUCUGCUGUGCUAAGUUUGUUGAUAAAAGCCUGAAGCUGUGCUCUUCAGGCAAAACACAUCAAGUAGGUUCCUUCAUAUCAAUAGUGUAUUUAGGAGAGCUCUCUCUGCUGUCAGCUUCCCUGCUUACUGGCUUCAUGAGUUAGGUGCGUUGCCUUUAAAAGCCACCAAAGAAAUGGGGCAAGCUGCAGGUAAAGCAGAACUAAGGGAAUAAGAAUUCCUAGUUCAGCAGGGAGUUCUCUUGAUGUGCUGCUUCUUGCUUAGUAACAGGAGCCAAAAUCUAUGUAUUAAUGAAUCUGACAAAAGAUGCAAACAGUAAAACAGACAAAUAUUCUGUGAUAGAAUAUUGAGAAUGUAACUGACAAAUGCUUUGGUAACCAAAAAAAAAUAAGGAAGACGCUUUUUUUUUAGCAAGAGCUGUUGCUUAGGUGUAAGUUUUACAUGGAAGUAAACAAACUGCACAACUUGUGUGGGACUUUAGAGGAACUGAAGAUGAAAGUGAGAGAAAUGGAGAAGCUCUUUAAGGGAGCUGCAGUGCUCCAGAAUGCAUUUGUGCUCAUUAGAGGAGCUCAGACAUGCCCAGCUUUAUGCCCCAAUCACAACUUACAAACACAGCUGUGGGAUAAAACUUUAUUUAAAAAAAUUCAAAUUUCACUUGACACAAACAUCUUAGUUGAGGUAAGUGAACGUACGAGCUUCAAAAAACGCUUCCAGGACUUCCCAAGCAGUUCACACUCUUGCUUGCAAGGCUCCAAUAGCUGGAGGUGACAAAGCUGUGAAGGAAGGGCCCAGUCCUCCAUCUAGCUGAACUCUGCUGAGGAAGAACGGAAUUUCAACCUUUUUAAUCCAAGCCUCUUCUGGUUCUUGGGAUGCCUUGUUACGUAAUUACUCAGCUCUCUUGUCCUGGGAUUCUUCACCCUUCCCAGGUUGAAGUGUACAGCUUCUCUGAGGUGGCUGAGCAGUACCUAAUACUCAUUUGGGCAGCUAGUCUUAUUCUCAGUUAAAAGUUCACAACUGAGAUGCUGCCCCUGGUCACGAGGAGCUAAAAUCUGAGGUCAGAACAAAUAUUUUGUUUUCCCAUCCUCAGCUCUCAAGGGGAGCCGUAGGGAUGUCCUGGGACAGCCCUUCACAGUUAUCUUAAGCUGCUUGCUAAUUUUAUUCUGAACAAACGAAGCAUUCCCAUCUCUGGAAGUACCUGAACUCAAGCUUUAUGUCCUGCAGUGCUGGUAAACAGCAGCAGCAUCAGGUCUGACUAGAUCCUCAAAAAGCAGGUGGAAGGUACCUGAGCUGCUGGUUCCUCACAAAUGCAGGUAUCUGCUAUUUUAGUUUUCAAACAGUAACAGUACUGGCUGAGAACUUGUACCUGACCCCUGAACUCUUACAGCUAAAGUUACCAAAUCGUCCCACUGGAGCACGACUGAAUGCCACUGCAGCACUGCCAGCCCUCUGAGCAGCACUGACACAGCUGGAACAUCUGCUCAACUUUUGUGGCUACAAUAUUUGAGAUGGCAGACGGGAUGCAGCACUGUUAGCAACAUUCUUCACACUAGUUAAAAGGAAUACUGGAAGUACAGCAUAUGCAAGUAUCUUUCUACUCCCUAACACUGAAAUAGUUUUGCUUGAGAAGUGGAGAACACAGCAGGCUUUUCCUUGCUUGCACAGAUUAGUCUUACCUGCAGGUGUCCACACUUCCAUGCUUAAUAGAAAAAUCCAAUCCACUUUCACUUUCCAUCGAUCUGAAUCAACCCACAGUUUUUUCUAAGCUGUAUUACCAGCCACCAUUCUCCUUUUCUGCAGUUCCCUAUCACAGAUGCUAGCAGAAAAAUGCAGGCAGGACAGCUGAUCUUUUGGAACUGAUGGUGCAAAUAGGGGGGAUGCCAGUCCAAUCCAUUUAUACUAGCAUUAGGGGUAAUAUGGCAUGUUGAAACUGAAGAAAAAGGGCAGAAUGAUUGUCUAGGUGUUACUAAAAAUAUAUAUAUUACUAAUCUUACAUACUUGAGGUAAGAAAGUCUGCUUUAAGGUCCUCGAUGAGCAUUAUUUAAAAAUACUCUUUGAAUCCAGUAGUAUCACAAUUCCAUCUUUUGACCAAAGAAUAAACUGUUUGACAAGCUCAUCAUUAUAAAUCUUAUUUGAUACUUAUGGGGAAUACUGGUAAUUUUACCUACAGUCUAAAUUAAUCCUGUAUUUCCACCACAGAGAGAGCCAAAUUGACACCAUCUGCUCUGCUCUGACUGCCCCAGGUUCAGUCUGUGCCAUGGGCUCUGCCUGCAGCCUGGAGGAGCUGAGCACACAGUAUGUGCAGGUCAUCAACGGGCACUUGUGGGAAUCCCACACAUGGGAACAGCUGCUCAGUCCAAUAGAAAGGAAGUGGCCUCUGCACUGUGCAGGGCUCUGUGAAGAAUCACAGCUUCUUUCCAUCUACCUGUCAUACAAAAGUACCAAAUCCCCAAGAUUUGCUCGGAUUAGGCUACAAAGUAUAACUAGGAAAGACAUUCAGACCAGAUAAGGUAUGUCCUACUGCAGGUGUUGGUGCACGUGACAAGUAUCAGCGUGAAGCUGGGGAUGUAAGCAUCACUGUGGAACUACUCUAGAAACCAUGUUCCAAGUGACAAUGCAGAAAUACCUGGAAAUAAGGCACGAGUGAGACAUUGAACAGAUCAGCUCCAAAUCUGAACAAACACCAUGGCUCAGACAUCCUUGUUCUGGAGGAAUGAACAGUACCGUGCAUAGAAGAAACUGCUGUGGCAUGCAGGACCUGCUGUCUGUCCUUAUUAUGAUGGCAGCACUGCAUACAAGGAAGCAUAGCAGAGCAUCGCUGCUCUAAAUACUCUGCUCUUUUUAGGAGUGGCAUAAAUACAACUUUGGUCCAUUACCUCCAACUCCCUAAAAGUUUAUAGGCUUAUUUCACAGAACAGCAGCAUUAAGCAAAGUUAGUUUCAUACAAUAAGCGUACCCUGAGCCUAGAGUACAAUGAAAUACUGAUUUAAAAAAAAAAAGUCAAGUCUGGAGGAAAAAAAAAAAAAGUCUUAUGGACUUGCUUUAAAUUGUCUAUGUAACUGCCUGUUCAACCUUUUCCAGAGUAACAAAUCCACUGUUUCACAAUUAUUUUUUGAAAUGAAUCCAGCAGGAGUACAAUAUAGUGGAG